UGACAGCACCCGCCCUGCACUCCUGGCCACGUUAGCAUCAUGACUGAGCCUGAACCGCCCGCUGUGGCUGCUCUCUCGCUCUCCGAAACAGCCACGCAGCCCGUCUCCAAGGCCACCGAACAAGAGAUCAACCCAUGGGAUGUACAGGCCGCAGUAGACGAAGACGGAAACGUCAAGGAAUUCGACUAUGUCAAGAUCUCGGAGCAGUGGGCCACCAAGCUCAUAGACCAGGAUAUCCUUCAACGUUUCGAGCGCGUCACAGGCCACAAGCCGCAUCGCUGGCUGCGGCGAGGGCUCUUCUUCUCCCACCGGGACCUCGACUUGAUUCUCGACACAUAUGAGCGUGGUGAAGACUUUCUGCUGUACACCGGCCGCGGACCCAGUAGCGAUGCCAUGCAUAUUGGCCACACCAUCCCUUUUGAGUUCACCAAGUGGUUGCAGGAUGUUUUCGACGUACCACUGGUCAUCAUGUUGACCGACGACGAGAAGUUCCUUUUCAAAGAAAAACUGAAGCAGGAAGAGGUCUACGAAUUCGCUCGACAAAACGCCAAGGACAUCAUCUCGAUUGGCUUCGAUGUCAAGAAAACAUUCAUGUACAUCGACUCGGAGUUCUUUACUUCGGGCUACAACAGACACUUCAAUCUCAACACAACCGAGUUUGAGAAGCUCAUCACAAACAACCAAGUUCGUGGCGCAUUCGGUUUCCACGGCUCCACCAACAUUGGCAGCAACGCAUUCGCCGCAAAGCAAUGUGUGGCUGCGUUUGCGUCGUCAUAUCCCUUCAUCUGGGGCGAGGAUCAUAAGACCUAUCAUCGAUCAAAGAAGCUUGCUGCUAUACCCUGUCUUAUUCCCUGUGCCAUAGACCAGGAUCCAUACUUCCGCCUUGUUCGCGAAAACUGCAACCGCAUGGAAAAUCCUUCACCCAAGCCAGCGCUCAUCCACUCAAAGUUUCUAACAGCAUUGCAAGGCGCCGGUGGCAAGAUGAGCGCAUCUAAUGCCAACUCCGCCAUUUUCAUGAGCGACACUGCAAAACAAGUGAAGAACAAAAUCAACACCAAGGCUUUCUCCGGUGGCCAAGAAACCCUAGAGCUGCAUCGUGAAAAGGGAGGAAACCCUGACAUCGACGUGCCCUACCAAUAUAUCGCUUAUUUUGAGGACGAUGACGAGAAACUCAAGAAGCUAGCUGAAGACUAUCGUAAAGGCGAGCUUCUGACUGGUGAGAUGAAGAAGGAGUGCAUCGAGACUAUGACGGCAUACACCAAGAAGUUCCAAGAAGCAAGGGCAAGCGUCACCGAUGAGGUAUUGGAGGAAUUUAUCCGCCCGCGAAAGCUAGAGUGGAAGGGGAAUCCGAACCCUACCAAGCCCAAGUUAGAGCAGUCAAAGGAAAAUGCCGAAGGCGGGCCAAUGUUGGAUGCUGACGGCAAGUCAAUGACCAAGAACGCUAUGAAGAAGGCCGCCAAAAUGGCCGAGGUAGAGCGCAAAAAGAAAGAAAAGGAGGCAGCGGCGGCGGCGGCGAAACAGUAGGGUAUCUGGCAGAGUCAAGAACCAAUUGAAGCAGCAAUGUGGUAGCAAUAUCAUUGGCGAAAUCGUAUUACAGCGUCACGGGAGAUAUGGAUAGAUAUCGCACCGAUUGUUAGUCCGCAGACGUAUACUAACGUCGUAUACAUGCAUUGACAAUGCCUCAUCUACCUUGUCGUCAAGUCUAGCAAUUACGAU